AUGCAGUCCGCUUGCCUCACAGUUGGACUUCUCUGCCUCAUCUCCUUCUCUUCAGCUUGUUACAUUAACAACUGCCCCAUAGGAGGCAAAAGGUCCAUCAUGAACAUGGAGAUCAGACAGUGUAUGCCUUGCGGUCCUGGCAAUAGGGGCCAGUGCUUUGGAACCAGUAUUUGCUGCGGGGAGGAGAUCGGCUGCUACUUUGGAACUUCCGAGACACUGAGGUGCCAGAAGGAAGUCUACCUGCCCUCACCCUGUGAACCUGCAGGCAGGCUCUGCGGCAGGAACGGUGGAAAAUGCGCCACAUCGGGAACCUGCUGCACUUCUGACAGCUGCACAGUGGAUCCUACAUGUGACACCAGGAGUAUCUUCUCCUCAGAUUAA